AUGAACAAGGCCGAAAACUGGUAUCAAUACAAGCAUGAGAAAGAAGCGUGGAUUGCGAAUCAGGCAGGAUCAUCUGUUAUGCACAUCAAUGUGGUCUGUGCUGUCUCUGUUGUUAGCUAUGCCUUGUAUCUGUGCGUGGCGAAAGAGGUGUGGACUUGGCCCUAUGCCUGGCUCUCUGAGUUCCUUGUUCUUAUAGUUCCGCUCAUGAUGGCUGGAACUGUGUUCGUAACUGAUCCUUUGUCGCUUCUAGCCGCAUUGUCGAUACCUGUGUGCCUAUGGAUGUUUUUUUGCUUCGUAAAGGAUCCCUCAACAGCAAAUCUACGUACCGACGACGUCGAUCAGAAUGACGAUCCUGCAACUCUAAAUGACGAGAGGGAUCUUCUUGUGGGACAGGCCCUUUUAAAUAUGAAUCUCACCCCAUCUCCUUCGCCUGUCAUGUUACAAGCCAGUUUGCCAGACCUGUGCGAAGACUAUUCGUCUACACAACGCACAUCCAUUUCCAGUAUGAAUUCUCUGCCUUAUUCGACCGCAAAAUCAAGUCAAGAUCAUCCUGAUUUUUCAUCGUCUCCCCGCUACUCAUUUCUGACAGUAUAUCGGGCAUACCUUAUGGUUCUAACCACCUAUUGUAUUCUGGCAGUCGAUUUCCCUAUCUUUCCUCGUUUCUUCGCCAAAUGCGAAACUUGGGGUACGAGCUUGAUGGACUUGGGCGUUGGCUCGUUCGUCUAUUCACAAGGCAUUGUUUCCGUGAGCUCCUCUCGCAAGCCGUUUUCUGCCACACUGAAGCGAGUUGGACCCAUGCUGGCCUUGGGCAUGGUUCGCUUGGUUAUGGUUAAAGGGACAGAUUAUCCAGAACAUUUGUCCGAAUAUGGCACCCAUUGGAACUUUUUUCUUACCAUGAGUGUGCUGUUAUUGUGUACGGAUUUGUUACAGCGCUUUGCCCCACGCAAGCUCAAUUGGGUCUUCGCUGGAAUUUUGGUCUCAAUUUUACAUCAAAUGGCUCUAUCCUACUCCAAACUAGGUGCAUGGACCAUCUCGAAUGAACGUAGUGCUCUUGGCUGGAUAUCCAUGAACAAGGAAGGGCUUGUCAGCCUUCCAGGUAUGCAUUCGCUUAUCACUCACGAUACAGGCUAUUUUGGCAUAGGUCUAGCCGGCCUGGAAAUUGGAUCCAAGUUGCGGAAUUCUCCAAGACCAUCAUUUCAGAAGGCUCUUCUUUGGCAGGCAGCGCUAGGGUGGCUGGGAUUGGGAAUUCUUCAUGGUUCUGGUAUCAUCACCAGUCGGCGUUUGGUUCGUUGA